AUGGAGUUUAGCAGCGGCGGAGGCGCUUCUAGCGGCGGUGGCGGCGGCGGCGACCACCACGACGCCUCCGAUCCGCACCGGAGGAAGAAGCGAUACCACCGUCACACGGCCCACCAAAUCCAGAGACUCGAAGCGAUGUUCAAAGAAUGUCCACACCCAGAUGAAAAGACAAGGAAUCUUUUAAGCAGAGAGUUGGGUUUGCAUCCUCGUCAGAUCAAGUUUUGGUUCCAAAAUCGAAGGACCCAGAUGAAGGCACAGCAUGAAAGAGCAGAUAAUUGUGCACUGAGGGCUGAAAAUGAUAAAAUCAGAUGUGAGAACAUAGCCAUUAGAGAAGCUUUGAAGAAUGUCAUCUGCCCCUCUUGUGGUGGGCCCCCUCUCUCCGAAGACCCUUACUUUGAUGAGCAAAAAUUGCGCAUGGAAAAUGCCCAGUUGAAAGAAGAGUUGGAUAGAGUUUCUAGUAUAGCUGCAAAGUACAUAGGAAGGCCAAUCUCACAGCUUCCACCUGUCCAACCCAUCCACAUAUCCUCCUUGGAUUUGUCCAUGUCCAGCUUCGGCCACGGGCCCUCCCUCGACCUCGACCUUCUUCCCGGUAACUCCAUGAGCGUAAUCCCCAAUCUACCCUUCCCUCCCACCGCCAUUUCCGACGUCGACAAGUCACUCAUGGCUGACGUGGCUGCCGGUGCCAUGGAGGAGCUCGUUCGCCUCGUCCAAGCAAACGAGCCGUUUUGGAUGAAGUCGGGUGGCUCGGAUGGACGUGAAGUUCUUAAUCUUGAAAAUUACGAGAGGGCUUUUCCGAAGCCUAAUGGCCACUUGAAGAACCCUAAUGUGAGGAGUGAGGCUUCGAGGGACUCGGGAGUUGUGAUCAUGAACGGGUUGGCGUUGGUCGAUAUGUUUAUGGACUCGAGUAAAUGGGUGGAAUUGUUUCCUACAAUUGUGUCAAGAGCAAGGACUGUUGAAGUCAUAUCAUUAUCUACUGGAAUGCUUGGAACACAAAAUGGCACAUUGCAAUUGAUGUAUGCAGAGUUGCAGGUCCUUUCAGCACUAGUGCCAACUAGGCAAUUCUAUUUUCUCAGAUUCAGACAGCAAAUCGAGCAAGGCUCGUGGGCCAUUGUCGAUGUCUCCUACGAUAUUCCUCAUCAAGACGAGCAAUUUUCGUCACCUUGUAAAGUCAACCGGCUGCCUUCCGGAUGCUUGAUUCAAGACAUGCCGAAUGGGUACUCAAAGGUCACGUGGGUCGAACAUUGGGAAGUAGAGGACAAGGCACCGAUCCACCGGCUUUACCGUGACCUCAUCCACACCGGAUUAGCCUUUGGAGCCGAAAGAUGGCUCUCGACUCUCCAAAGGAUGUGCGAACGAGUCGCGUGCCUUUUGGUCACUGGAAAUUCAACUCGUGAUCUCGGUGGAGUUAUACCGUCGCCCGAAGGCAAAAGGAGCAUGAUGAAGCUUGCACAGAGAAUGGUGAACAAUUUCUGCUCGAGUAUUAAUCCAUCCAACGGUCAGCAAUGGACCACAUUAUCCGGUGGUGGUCUUAACGAAUUCGAAGUACGAGCAACUCUUCACCGGAGCUCCGAUCCCGGCCAGCCGAACGGUGUUGUGCUUAGCGCUGCCGCCACAAUUUGGCUCCCAAUUUCCCACGAAAACGUGUUUAAUUUUUUCAGGGACGAGCGUACUCGGCCUCAGUGGGAUGUGCUUUCGAACCAAAAUCCCGUGCAAGAAGUUGCUCAUAUUGCCAACGGAUCUCAUCCGGGAAACUGCAUUUCGGUCCUCCGGGCGUUUAACACGAGCCAAAACAAUAUGUUGAUCCUUCAAGAGAGCUGCAUCGACUCGUCUGGCUCAAUUGUCGUCUACUGUCCGGUCGACCUUCCGGCGAUCAACAUUGCUAUGAGCGGCGAGGACCCUUCGUACAUCCCGUUGCUUCCCUCCGGUUUUACUAUCUCGCCAGAUGGACGUGGGCCCCACAUUGUAGGCCAGCUGGGCAGUGCUGACGUGGCGUCGACAAGCUCGAAUGUGGUCGAUGGGUCGUUGAUUACUGUCGUGUUUCAGAUCCUAGUGAGCAGCCUGCCGACGGCUCGGAUGAGCCCCGAGACGGUUACGACGGUCAAUAACUUGAUUGGGAACACGGUGCACCAGAUAAAGGCUGCAUUGAACUGUGCGGGGUCGUGA